AUGUCUAUCGAUUUUCCCGCUGAAGAGGAGCUUAUCCUCAAGCGGUGGAAGGAGAUUGAUGCCUUCAAACGCCAGGUUGAACUCUCCAAAGGCCGUGAGCCAUACACUUUCUACGACGGCCCGCCGUUCGCAACUGGUCUCCCUCACUAUGGACACUUGCUUGCCUCCACAAUCAAGGAUAUCAUUCCCCGAUAUUGGGCGAUGAAGGGUUACUAUGUUGAGCGUCGAUUUGGCUGGGACACUCACGGUGUUCCCAUUGAGUACGAGAUCGAUAAGAAACUCGGCAUGUCCGGUCUUGAGGCAGUCGGCAAGAUCGGCAUUGAGAAGUACAAUGAAGAGUGCCGGGCUAUCGUCAUGAGGUUUGCUUCGGAGUGGCGCGAAACUAUCGAAAGAUUGGGUCGCUGGAUCGAUUUUGACAAUGACUAUAAGACUAUGAACCCUUCAUUCAUGGAGUCAGUUUGGUGGGUUUUCAAGCAACUUUUCGACAAGGGUCUAGUCUACCGCGGUUACCGUGUUAUGCCGUACUCGACUGCUCUCAACACACCCCUUAGCAACUUCGAAGCGCAGCAGAACUACAAGGAUGUACAGGAUCCUGCAGUUGUCGUUACAUUCCCUCUUUUGGAUGACCCGGAUACCUGUUUGCUUGCAUGGACCACUACUCCUUGGACUCUGCCGUCACACACUGGUCUGUGUGCCAACCCUACAUUCGAGUACGUGAAGAUCUUCGAUGAGGCCACACAAAAGAACUAUAUUCUCCUCGAGUCUUUGCUUCGGACCAUCUAUAAGGACCCGAAAAAGGCUAAGUACAAGGUUGUAGACCGCAUCAAGGGCUCUGAUAUGCUGGGAUGGAAGUACAAGCCCCUCUUCGAUUACUUCUAUGAAGAGUUCAAGGACGACGGCUUCCGAGUGCUGAAUGACGAAUAUGUCACCUCCGAGGACGGUGUUGGUAUUGUUCACCAGGCUCCUGCAUUCGGUGAAGACGAUUACCAGGUUGCCGUCAACCACGGUGUCAUCAAUGAGACCCGUCAUCCCCCUAACCCUGUCGACCCCCAGGGCUGCUUCACUGCAGAGGUUCGGGAUUUCGCCGGCCAGAAUGUGAAGGCUGCCGAUAAGGCCAUCAUUAAACACCUAAAGGGUAUCGGUCGUCUUCUCGUCGACAGUCAAAUUACUCACAGCUACCCAUUCUGCUGGCGUUCUGAUACCCCGUUGAUCUACCGUGCUGUCCCCUCGUGGUUCGUUAAGGUCACCCCUGUUAUUCCCCAGAUGCUUGACGGCAUUGAGAAGUCUCACUGGGUUCCCUCAUCUGUAAAGGAGAAGAGAUUCUCUAGUUGGAUCAAGAAUGCCCGUGACUGGAACAUUUCUCGGAAUCGCUUCUGGGGGACUCCCCUUCCCCUGUGGGUCAGUGAUGACUUCAAGGAGGUUGUUGCUGUAGGCAGUGUUGAGGAACUCAAGAAGUUAAGUGGUUACAAGGGUGAGCUCAAUGAUAUUCACCGUGAUAAGGUGGAUCACAUCACCAUCCCCAGCAAGCAGGGCAAGGGUGUUCUUCGCCGUGUUAGCGAGGUGUUUGACUGCUGGUUUGAAUCUGGCAGCAUGCCUUAUGCCUCUCAACAUUAUCCAUUCGAGAACAAGGACCAAUUUGAGCAGGGAUUUCCUGGUGACUUCAUUGCUGAGGGAUUGGACCAGACUCGUGGAUGGUUCUACACUCUGACUGUGCUCGGUACUCACUUGUUUGGCAAGCUGCCUUUCAAGAACUGCGUAGUGAACGGCAUCGUUCUUGCCGAGGAUGGAAAGAAGAUGUCCAAGAGACUGAAGAACUAUCCUGACCCUACUCUGAUUAUUGAUCGCUACGGCUCAGACGCCCUGCGUCUGUAUUUGAUCAAUUCACCCGUUGUCCGUGCUGAGCCCCUCCGUUUCAAGGAACAGGGUGUCAAGGAAAUUGUCAGCAAGGUCCUACUGCCCAUGUGGAACAGCUACAAGUUUUUCGAGGGCCAGGUGGCUCUGCUAAAGAAAGCUUCCGACAUUGACUUCAUCUUCGAUCCGAAGGCUGAGGCAACUAACACUAACGUUAUGGACCGUUGGAUUCUGGCCAGUUGCCAAAGUCUUCUCAUUUUUGUCAACCAGGAGAUGGCUGGAUACCGCCUUUACACUGUUGUGCCUCGACUACUGGAGCUGAUUGAGAACACAACCAAUUGGUACAUUCGUUUCAACCGCAAGCGUCUGAAGGGUGAGAAUGGUGUUGAAGAUACUUUGCACGCUUUGAAUACUCUUUUCGAGGUUAUCUACACCAUGGUCCGCGGUCUUGCUCCCUUCACUCCAUUCCUUACCGACAGCAUCUACCAGCGUCUUCUUCAGCACAUCCCCGAGUCCCUCCGUGCUGAUGACCCUCGUAGCAUCCACUUCCUUGCCUUCCCUGAACCGCGUCAGGAGUUGUUCGACGAGGUUGUGGAGCGCCGUGUUGCGCGCAUGCAGAAGGUGAUUGAGCUUGGCCGUAUUUCACGUGAGCGUCGGUCAAUUGGUUUGAAGACUCCCUUGAAGUCACUUGUGGUUAUCCACCAAGACCAGCAGUAUCUGGAUGACGUUAAGUCUCUUGAGAACUAUAUUAUCGAGGAGUUGAACGUCAUUGACCUUGUCCUCUCCACUGAUGAGGCGAAGUAUAAUGUUCAGUACAGUGUCAAUGCUGACUGGCCGACUCUGGGCAAGAAAUUGAAGAAGGACGUGCAGAAGGUCAAGAAGGCCUUGCCGGACUUGUCCAGUGACGAUGUUAAGAGAUACGUUGCUGAGAAGAAGAUUCUAGUUAACGGUAUCGAGCUGGUGGAAGGUGAUCUUGUUGUAAAACGAGGCAUCCAGGAGGACGCCAACUCCUCGGGAAUGGAGACCAACACUGAUGCCGAAGUGAUGACUAUCCUGGACAGCAACCUGUACCCAGAGCUGGCUCAUCAAGGUCUUGGACGUGAAAUUAUCAACCGUGUCCAGCGCCUACGUAAGAAGGCUGGCCUGGUUCCCACCGAUGAUGUGAAGAUGGAGUACAUUGUACUGUCGGAUCCAGAGAACAUUGGUCUCGGAGAAGCUUUCAAGUCCCAAACCCAGGCUAUCGAGAAAGCCGUCCGCCGUCCACUGGAUGAACGCAUCCUUGUUAAUGGCAAGUCCCCUGCUGCUGACGAGGAGGGUACCAUUUCCCAGGAGGAGCAGGAGGUGCAGAAUGCCACCUUUUUGCUGCGUCUGGUGAAGCUGUAA